CACUUGCAAGGUUCAAAACCAGGCCGUCGUCGUCCAUUGAGUGAAAAUUCGAAUAGGCGCGCGGAUAUUAAAAAUCAGGCGCCUGUCACGUCGAAAAAGCCAGGGAGAAGCCACGUCUUGAUAUCUCUUACAACCAUGUACUUUCGUCGACUUUCGUUAAUAUUCCUCGCUGUGUCACUGGCCUCACUCUUCUGUGCGCAGGAUGCUGAAGCUGCGAAGGGUCCAAGGAUUACUCACAAGGUCUUCUUCGAUAUCCAACACGGUGACCAGUUCAUGGGAAGGAUCGUCGUCGGACUCUUUGGAGGAACUGUACCAAAGACUGUUGAAAAUUUCCGUGCCUUGUCGACUGGUGUGCGAAAGGACGGUACCCCACUGGAUGAGGGAAUGACAUACAAGGGAUCCAUAUUUCACCGUGUUAUCAAGCAAUUUAUGAUUCAAGGAGGCGAUUUCACUGAUGGAAACGGUCGCGGUGGAAAGUCAAUUUACGGUAACAAAUUCGAUGACGAGAACUUCAAGCUGAAGCAUACUGCUCCUGGUAUUCUGUCUAUGGCAAAUGCGGGCAAGGAUACCAAUGGUUCUCAAUUCUUCAUCACCACUGUGGUCACCAGUUGGUUAGACAACAAACAUGUUGUAUUCGGAAAAGUCCUUGAAGGAAUGGAUGUCGUGUAUGCAAUUGAGGAUGUUCCAAAAGGACAAGGCGACCGUCCAACUGAAGAUGUCAAGAUUAUUGAUUGUGGCGAGCUCCUGAUUGAAGUCGUCACCGAUGCCGAUGGCAACCAGGUACCCCUUCACGCUGAGCUAUAAUCAGCGUUCUUGUUAUUCAACUUUGUGAU